AUGGCGAAUAACGUAAAUAAUCUCCAACCGCAACCACAGCAAAUCCUGCGAUUGGCUGUCCCGCCUCAACAAGGGAAUUUCCAAGCUCCAGCUCUCGUAGUAAUUCCCCAACACAAUUUGACUCCCGCAAGAAAUCACUUAAUUUUCCAACAUGAUUUAAUUCAAGGAAGCAAAUUGGCGUUAAACGAAUAA